CGGAAAAGUGUCGGUCAAAACUGUCAAAUUAACAAGCUAAGCUAAAAAAGAAAAGUGUGGCGUGGUUUUUGUUCAAAGGAAACUUAUAAUUAAUCAUCAAUUUGAUUAAUUAGUCAGCGACUCAGCGUCAUCAACGUCGGGCGUGAUACAAAUACGCAGUUUCUACGUUUGUCCCUUUGUUAGACUUUAAAUUCAUUCUACUUAGAACUUUUAACAACACCGUUUUAUUUUGUUUAUUCGUGUCGCAUCAGUGUCCCAGUUUCCAUUAAUUUUACCAGUCCCCGGCCUGUAAUUUUAUCACUUUAAAAUUUCGUCUUUACCAAGAAAAUCCGUUUCGUUUUGGAUGCAGUUGUACAACAACGUAGAUCCUAAAGAUACGUAUGAUUCUUUGCUCGGUUAUGUUAGGGAAACCUCAGACGACGAAACCCUUUCUGCAAAGCGAUUUCUUCAAGAGUCGGAAGGCCAAUUUGGUGAGUUACCGUUAAUCACCAGCGCCAAACAGGACUACAUCUAUGAAGCAAUAAAACCUUUUUUCAAUACAAAAUUACUACUCGCAGAAUGUCAGGCCCAGCCUACCUACUUCCAACAAUGCUAUCCUCAAAGUUUAAUUCAAAACUGCCAGAAAAUUGGAGAAGGACUCUAUGGAGAAGUAUUUCUCUUCAAAAAUCCAAGUGGAGGAACAACAGUCAUGAAAAUAAUUCCCAUAGAAGGUGACCAGCGAAUCAAUGGAGAAAAUCAAAAAAAAUUGAACGAGGUUUUAUCUGAACUCAUCAUUGCCACAGAACUGAGUCACUUGAGAACCAACCCAAUUAAUCAGACCAGUGCUUUUAUUGAAGUUCAGAGCAUCAAAUGUGUCCAAGGAUGUUAUCCGGAAGAACUUCUGGAUUUGUGGGACUUAUUCAAAGAAACCAGAGGCUCCAUAAACGAUUCACCUGAAAUCUUCAAGGAAGAUCAACUUUAUGCUGUACUGGAAACUAGCUAUGGAGGUUGCGACAUGGAAUCUUUUGCCUUUGAAAAUGCUUCUCAGGCGUUUUCAAUGUGCCUGCAAAUUGCUUACGCAAUGGCAGUGGCAGAAGAGGAGCUCCAAUUUGAGCAUCGCGAUUUACAUUGGGGCAAUAUAUUGCUAACCAGAGUACCGUCAGAUGAUUUUGUAACUUUCAAACUCCAAGGAAGAGAAAUCAGAAUCGAGUCUUUUGGGGUCAAAGUUCAAAUUAUUGAUUUUACCAUGUCUAGGAUUACAUCUCAUGGAGUGGAUAUUUAUACAGACUUAUCCAAGGAUUGUGGGAUUUUUACUGGAUCUGGUGAUUAUCAGUUUGAAAUUUAUCAGUUGAUGCAAAAAAGAAACAGAAAUGAAUGGAGUCAUUACGAACCCUACUCCAACAUUCUAUGGCUGAGCUACAUAUUGGACAAGACAAUAACAGCUCUGCAUUACAAGAACUCCUGUUGCAAGCAACACAAGAAGUACAUGAACAAAUUGAAGUGUUUGAACUUGGAAAUUCUAGGCUACGAUACUACUAAGGAAUUUGUUCUUAACUUAGUCAAUAAUAAGUUUUUAUAGAUUUUACAAUAAUAAUAAUAAUUGUGAAGUAAGGUUUUAAAAUGCACUAUAUUUUUCUAAUAACACUUUUUUGAUCAUGUUUGAGGUUUUAAUAAAAAUUAUAAUGCUAACAUCAAUAUUUU